AUGAAUUUGAAUUGGGUGGAUCUUCAGGUUUCUGGAUCUGACGGUGUCGAUCUUUACGAGGAAGAGGAGGUCGAGCCGACAUUCAAAGUUGUUCGGCCACAAUUUCCAUUCCCUGAGUCUGAAAUUCCUGGAACAAUCCCACCACCGGUUAAUCCGGAGCCGUCUACAUCGCAGCCUGACCAUAGCUAUGCGAUCAAUUAUUGCGAUAAGAGAGAAUUUCCAGACGAGGUUUUAGCUCAAUAUGACCUUGAGAGGAUCGAUUAUUUCAUUUACAAUACCUCAUGCUCCCACAUUUUCUUUCAGUGUUCCAUUGGUCAGACAUUCAUGCUUCAGUGCACAUCGGAAGAUCAAGCGUUCGACAGAUCGACGGAAAAUUGCAACUUCAAAAACGCGGUCAAAAUAUGUCCCGAAUACGACCACGUGCUUCAUUGCACUGUCAAAGACACUUGUACUGCCAAUGAGUUUGCUUGCUGUGCAGUUCCACAGACUUGCAUUCAUAUGAGCAAACGAUGCGAUGGGCACUCGGAUUGUGCCGAUGGCGAAGAUGAGAACAAUUGCCCAUCAUGCGCGCGAGAUGAGUUCGCCUGUGUGAAAAGCGGUCAUUGCAUUCCGGCGAAUAAGCGAUGCGAUGGUGUUGCCGAUGACUGUGAAGACGGUUCGAAUCUUGACGAAAUCGGUUGUAGCAAAAACACAACUUGCGUUGGCAAAUUCAUGUGCGAUCUUUCGCGCGGCGGCGUUUCGUGCAUUGAUUGGGAAUACCAUUGCGAUGGCAAACAGGACUGUCUCGCCGGCGAAGACGAGAUCAACUGCAAGCAGCAGGAGCGUGCCAAAUACCUUCUCUGUGAGAAUCAGAAGCAAUCUGUCACCAAGGCGCAAUGGUGCAAUGGUGAAAAUGAUUGUGCCGACGGAUCGGAUGAAAAGUAUUGCUAUUAA